AUGCGUGACUAUCCUUCCGUGCCGAAUGUUUUUCGUGUGGCCUCCUCGCACAGCAUUAACAACAUGGGCCAUCAGUUAACUACUACAGCAUCCAUUGAGCGCAGCAGCUUUCCACCCACACAGGGUCAGCAAGAACAGCAACAGCAACAACAACAACAACAACAACAACAACUGCAACAUUCUCCCUAUGCAACCUUGCCCCGGGGUCCGCGGCAAUUGCAACAGCUGCGGGCGCAAAGCGGUAGCGGCUCCUCAUCACAGGACCGGACAUCUGCACCUCAGCAACCACCGAACACGCUUACGCCCCUGCGCCAACAGAUGGGCGUGAUCAACACAAUUUCCGGAAGUAUUCCGGCCACGGGCUUCGCCACACUUACUGACAGCCUUAGCGAUUUGCAGUCCAACAAGCUGCAACACAACAACAACAACAGCAACAUCAAUCAAAACAGCAGCAGCCUACUCCAAGAGCAACAACACGCCCCUCUAAUGGCCGCCUAUAAAAGUAUUGAGCGCCAACAACGACCAAAUACGGCCCUGAACGGCGCGAGUGGCUUAGGAGGCGGCCUCACCACCAUGGCCUCAGUCAGUGGCGGCUACCUGUGGCUGCUGACACCUGUUGCCGCAAGCAUUUCGGUGGCCAUUGUUAUUGCCGCUCUGGCCGGACCACAGUGGCUCUUUACUGAGGAGAAGCUGCCUAAUGUUAACUACAAUGGUACGGCCAAUUUCAAUGCUUUGGAUGAUGGCGCCUAUAUUACAAAGUACACCAAGUCGAGCCUUUGGAUAUUGUGCACCACAAUGCCAGGCCUCGACAUGGACACAUAUAAUUGCAUUAAAAUCGACUACUUUCCCAAAGAGGGCUACCAACCAGAUCCGCAUGACUCAACGCCAGCAAUACCAUAUACUGUCACGAAAUCGUGUCCCAUAUUUCUGGCCGCCGGCAUAUUUCUGCUCAUCAGCUUUAUUGUCUUUCUGAUACCCACAUGCUCGCAUCAGAACAAUUUAUAUUACUUUAGUGCCGGCAUUCUCUUUAUAGUUAGCGGUCUGGUUAUGCUCAUCGGUCUAAUUGCCUACAUAUCGAUACUGAAGGCAGAGAUUGGAUCCAAGCUGCGACCGCGCUCCACCCUUCAGCCGGCCCUCUUCAAAGUAACCUACGGGCAGAGCUUCUUUCUGUUUGUCUUCGGAUUCAUAGCCACAGAAUUCGUGGGCGUGCUGAACAUCUUCCUCUACAUCAAUCUGCAGGAGGUCAGCUACUAUAGUGUGAGUACGGUGGGGGAAUGGGGGAAGAGGGUAUGCCACAUCCGCUCAUAA